UAGUGCUUUUAAAAAGAAAUUUUUGCCUAAUAUUGGAGAAAUUGGAAAUUUGGCUAAUUGCAUAAUAGAAAAACCAGAAAAUAUUUCUCAAAAAAGUUUUCUUGAAUGGUGUAGAAUAAAUUCAAAUUGUACUAUAGAAGAUAAUUGUAUUUUAAGUGGUGUUGUUUAUGAAGAACAGACUCCAAUUUAUGUAAAGUCUGGUAUGUGUAUUUGUACAUUUCCAAUUGGUGAAGAAGAAGAAGAGGAGGGAAAUGGAGAAUAUGUUACGGUUAUUUUUGAUAUAGAGGAUGAUUUAAAAAGAAAAACAUCAAAAGAAGAAAAUCUUAAAUGGUUUGGACAUUCUAUUAAAUCGUUAAAAGGAGAAGAGGAGGAUAAUUCUCUUUGGAACUGUCCACUUUUCUCUUUUUAUCCAACAGCUUCCAAAUCUUUUUUAAAAACAAUUGAAAGAAUAAAUUUUGGAUUAAAGUUUGUAAAUUUAUUUUUAAUUAAAAAAAUUGGAAUUUUUAGUGAUUCAACCCCUUUAUUUUCCAUUGCUCAGGUUUUAGAAAAAGCAAAUGUUAAUAAAAUGUUAAUGGAAAGAAAAAAAUUGUUGGAAGAAAAAUUUGUGUGA